UACGUCUGUACAAAUGUGUACGGAAGUGGAAACCAAUGAGUUCCCGUCAUGCGUGUUCACUACGCGAACUGGUUCGUCCUCUGUAAGUGGUAGAAAAAAGAAUUAUGUAUUCAAUGUCGAAAACUUGAGUUAGCGACAUAAAGCGGCUGAGAAAUGAGCUCGCAGGACGUACUGAAGAACGCGUCCACUCUCGCUUCGUACAAUGUGCUGCUACAGGUGAUGUUCCGUGUGCUCACAUUCUUAUUGAACGCGUUCACCCUGCGUUUUGUAUCCAAAGAGCUCAUUGGAGUAGUGAACGUCAGGCUAACACUGCUGUACUCCACGCUAGUAUUUUUGUCUCGAGAAGCCUUUCGAAGAGCCUGUCUCAGUGGCUCUGAUGGGGGGAAGCACAACUGGAGACAGCUCAUCAACCUUCUAUGGCUGACGUUGCCUCUAGGUGUACUAUGGGGAGCCCUGUUAGCCGCGGUGUGGCUCUGGCUCCUGGAGGUGCCGGACCCUCAAGUCAUUCCUUUCUACGGCCCCGCUGUGGUGCUGUUCGCCCUAGCAGGGAUGCAGGAGCUCCUGGCCGAGCCUCUUUGGGUACUGGCCCAGGCCCACAUGUUUGUGAGGCUAAAAGUGGUCGCUGAGAGCUUGGCCAUGCUGGCUAAGUGCAGUAUGACGGUGGUGCUGGUGGUGUCUGCCCGGGAGUGGGGCCUUUACAUCUUCUCUGCUGCUCAUCUCGUGUACACAGGGGUCCUAGUGCUGUGCUAUGUGGUUUACUUUAUUCGUUUCUUGCCAUCCAAAGAGGCGACUAAGAGUAAUUUUCCCCUGCACAACAUCAGAGAUCUGAUGCCUCACACAGCUAAUGGAGAGCCGCUGGUGGACUGGACCGUGGCCCGACUCACCUGGAGCUUCUUCAAGCAGUCGUUCCUCAAGCAGAUCCUGACUGAAGGCGAGCGCUACGUCAUGACCUUCCUGAACGUGCUCAGCUUUGGCGACCAGGGCGUUUACGACAUCAUCAACAAUCUGGGCUCCAUGGUGGCGCGCUUCGUCUUCCUGCCGAUCGAGGAGAGCUUCUACAUCUUCUUCGCCAAAGUGCUGGAGAGAGGCCGUGAUGUGAAAAGCCAGAAGCAGGAAGAUGUUGAUGUCGCAGCAGAUGUGCUACAAUGCCUGCUCAAACUGGUACUGGUGAUUGGCCUCAUUAUUGCAGUCUUUGGAUACGCUUACUCAGGACUGGCCCUGGACAUUUAUGGUGGAUCCCUGUUGAGCAAUGGAGCAGGCCCGUCUUUGCUGAGAUGUUACAGCUGUUACGUCCUCCUGUUGGCUGUCAACGGCGUGACCGAGUGUUUUGUGUUUGCUGCAAUGAGCCAGGAGGAGGUUGACAAGUACAACUUGGUAAUGCUGGCCCUGUCGGUGUCUUUCCUCUUCCUGUCCUACGUGUUGACGUGGUGGGCAGGCGCCGCAGGCUUCAUCCUGGCUAACUGCCUCAACAUGGCCCUCCGCAUCACGCACAGCGUCCUGUACAUCCGCCGCUACUUCCUGUCCAGCCCGUGGAAACCUCUGCGUGGCCUGCUGCCCUCACCGCCGCUAUGCCUCAUGCUCGCCCUCAGUGCGGCCGUCACGGCCGUCAGUGAGGCAGCUUUCUGCUGCGACAGCGGCUGGCUCCUCAGGUUGGUCCAUGUCGGCGUGGGAGCGGCGUGUCUGCUUUUUGUUCUCGGAACGGUUUUGCUCACAGAAACUCAACUGGUGAUGUUUGUGAGGACUCAGCUUUUGCCGCAGUACGGGAAAAAACAUGCUUAGCUUGAAGGACUGCAACAAGUGAAUUCUUUUUUUUUUUUCAGUAAUACAAUUUCAUUAUGAUAAUGUGAUGGAACAUGGGCAAAAAUUAAAGGGGCAAUUGUAAUUUCUUAUAUUUUUUUAAAUGAAAGUGAAUCUCUGAAUGUUCAGAACCCCCAAUUGGAUUGCAGUUUUUGUAUUGCAUAAAAGAACACUGCCAGGAUGAGCUGUCCAGGGUGGAGCUCAACUUCCAUAGCUGACAUCAUGCCUGUCAUGUUGGAAUCAAGCCUGUUGAUUUAUUAACGAUGUUAAUUUUUCCCUUAUGUAAGGCUUUUUCCCAACCAUCCAUUGCACAUAAAAGUCUACACACCUGGUCAAUAA